AUGUUCCGGAUGUUGAUCAAGACCAGUGUGACGCUGGGCAGCAGAGCUGCAGGUUGGGUACGGACCAUGGGCUCACACCAGCUGCUGGUGCCACCCCCAGAGGCCCUGAGCAAGCCCCUGUCGGUUCCUAAGCGGCUCCUGUUGGGUCCAGGGCCCUCCAACCUGGCUCCUCGAGUGCUGGCAGCCGGAGGGCUAAGGAUGAUCGGCCAUAUGCAGAAAGAGAUGUUUCAGAUCAUGGACGAGAUCAAGCAAGGCAUCCAGUAUGUGUUCCAGACCAGGAACCCCCUCACGCUGGUGGUCAGCGGCUCUGGACACUGUGCCAUGGAGACUGCCCUAUUGAACCUGCUAGAGCCUGGGGACUCCUUUCUAGUGGGAGCCAAUGGCAUCUGGGGAAUGCGGGCUGCAGAGAUUGCUGAGCGCAUUGGAGCCCAUGUGCACCAGAUGAUCAAGGAGCCUGGAGAACACUACACAUUGCAGGAGGUGGAGGAGGGCCUGGCCCGGCACAAACCAGUACUGCUGUUCCUGACCCACGGGGAGUCAUCCACUGGUGUGAUGCAACCCCUAGACGGCUUUGGGGAGCUCUGCCGCAGGUACCAGUGCCUAUUCCUGGUAGACUCUGUAGCAUCGCUGGGCGGGGUCCCCAUCUACAUGGACCAGCAAGGCAUUGACAUCUUGUACUCUGGCUCCCAGAAGGUUCUGAAUGCCCCACCAGGGAUCUCCCUCAUCUCCUUCAGUGACAAGGCCAAACACAAGGUCUACUCUCGGAAGACAAAGCCCGUCUCCUUCUACAUGGACAUCACGUAUUUGGCCAAGCUGUGGGGCUGUGAGGGCAAGACCAGAAUAGUUCACCAUACCACGCCUGUCAUCAGCUUAUACUGCCUGAGGGAGAGUCUGGCGCUCAUUUCAGAGCAGGGCCUGGAAAAUUCCUGGCAACGGCACAGGGAAGCCACAGCAUAUCUGCACAAACGCCUGCAGGAGCUGGGCCUGCAGCUCUUUGUGAAGGACCCGGCAAUUCGGCUACCCACAGUCACCACGGUGACGGUGCCUGCUGGCUACAACUGGAGGGACAUCGUCAGCUACGUGCUGGACCACUUCAACAUUGAAAUCUCUGGUGGCCUUGGGCCCUCUGAGGAGAAGGUGCUACGGAUUGGCCUGCUGGGCUCCAAUGCCACCAUGGAGAAUGUGGACCUCCUGGUCAAGGCCCUGAGGGAAGCCCUGCAACAUUGUCCUAAGAACAAGCUAUGA